GCAACAUCAACAAUAAUCAGAAGGAAAAAUGUCUGUUCAAUUCAAGGAAUUUAAAAUUAAAGAAAUUUAAAAACUUAAGUACCCACAAUAAAACAAUCGCUUUGCAACAAAUCGAUGUGUAGAUAAAAUUCAUAGUGAAUAUACAUUCUAGUACUUAACACUACGAUGGCUUCAAUUACUCAAAAAGGAAGUAGUAAAUUGAAGAAAAAACACUUCAAACCUAAAUACCAAAAGGCCAAGCUGUUUCGUGCCAAUGAACCCUUGAUUAGCGUGUUGAUGUGGGGAGUGAACCAUACUAUUAAUGAGCUGACCCAUGUUAAUGUUCCUGUCAUGUUACUUCCUGAUGAAUUUAAAGCUUUUAGCAAAAUUAAAGUUGAUAAUCAUCACUUUAACAAGGAGAGCAUGCCGAGUCAUUUCAAGGUAAAAGAAUAUUGUCCUUUGGUUUUUCGAAAUUUGAGAGAACGAUUCAGCAUAGAUGAUGCAGAUUAUAUGAACUCACUCACAAAAUCACAACCAACAGCUGUUCACUCACCUGGCCGAAGCGGUGCGAGAUUUUAUCAGUCUUAUGACAGAUUGUUUAUGAUUAAAACCUUACAAACAGAAGAAGUAGAGCAGAUGCACAGUCUUUUGAAACAAUACCAUCCAUAUAUUGUAGAGAGGCAUGGAAAGACUUUACUACCUCAGUAUUUAGGCAUGUAUAGGCUGACUGUUGAAGGUGCUGAAACCUACGUAGUUGUAAUGCGUAACAUCUUUACUACUCGACUGAAAAUUCACAAAAAAUAUGAUUUAAAGGGUUCAACUGUUGACAGAGAAGCCAGUGAUAAAGAAAAGGAAAAGGAUAUUCCUGUUUUAAAAGAUAAUGACUUUGUCAAAGACGGAUGCAAGAUGAACAUAGGGUCAGAAGCUAAAGAAAAAUUACUAGAAACUCUAAAUGCUGAUGUCACAUUCCUUGCUAGCAUGAAUUUGAUGGAUUACUCAGUAUGUCUUGGAAUACAUGACAGUGAGCGUAGUGAGCAGGAUGCUCUAGAGAAAGAGAAACCUGUGAGCUCUGAGGGGGAAGGCAGUGGACCAGAAAAUGGAUCUGCUGAAGAUGAAGAUUCUGCUGGCAGUGGGGUCGGAGGAUCAGUGCCUACACCCCCAGAUUCACCUCAAGCACUCAGAGAAGAGAUGGCCAAUGGGGAUGUGUUCAACCCAACCCGAGACAUCUAUGCAACACCAAGUGCCGAAAAUGCUCCGAAAAAAGAGCUCUACUUUUUGGCUUUAGUUGAUGUUCUUACCCAUUAUGGCGUAAAAAAGAGAACAGCCCAAGCAGCCAAAGCAGUUAAACAUGGUACCAAUGCUGAGAUCUCAACAGUGCAUCCAGAACAGUAUGCUAAGCGUCUUCUUGAUUUUAUGUCCAAAGCUAUGGAGUGAAGACAACUUCUGUGAGAUUGAUUAUAUGAGACAUAGAAAUACAUCAGGUGGUGCCAUACACCACGCUGUGUUCAUGACACACAUAGCUUUUGCUCUUUGAUGUUGUGGCAAUUCACACUCUUUAAACUGUAGAACAGUUCCAAGCAUUUCAAUGCACUAACGUUAUGUUCUGUUCCGAUUUUUGUUUGAAUGUGCUAUGCAUGAACUCUUUAAGUUCCUGUUUACAAGUUUUUUUUUUACAUCUCUCUAAAUAUUUUGGCAGUAUCAUUCAAAAGUUAAAAAUACUCAAAAUGAAUCAAAAUUUUUUAGAUUACUUGUUUUAUAUUGUUAAAUGUGAAAAUUUUAUUUCAAACAUUUGUUUUUAACUGAAACUUUUUUUUCUAUCGGGACUGUCUGUUUAUAUAUUUUCAAAAAUAAUAGUAAAAUUAGUAUUAUGUUUAUUUGCCAAAUACAACUUUUCCCUUCUCAAAGUUUCAUUUCAAAGUACGUUUAUAUUGUAAUUCAAGAAAAUUAAAUUUUAAGUGAAUAUAAUUCAUAUUCUAAUUUUCCUUAAUUUCUGUUUCAUAAUUUUACGAGAAAAUUUAAUUUCUUGUAAAGAGACUACAUGCAUUUGAAUAUUUAAAAUUUUACUCUCUCUCACACACUUCUGUUCUAUAGAAAAAUUAAUGGAAAAAAAAUAAAUUGUAUUAUGAUUGUUUAUUGAUCUGAACAUUUUUAUUAUAAGUGUUUCAAAUUUAUUUUAAUUGUGUAUAAAUCAAUUUCAUUUUGCUGUGUUUUGUUGCUCUGUCAUUGCUGAGAGAAUUAAGGGAAUCGUUUUUAGAGAGUUGUUUAAAAAGGAAAGAAUUCUCUUUGCUGUGAAAGUAUCAAAUCAUUCAAAAUUAUUUAUAUCCUUAAAAAUUUUUAACCAGUGAUGUGGCUGUGUGCAAAUAGUUUUUUUUUUUUAAAUAAUAAUUAUGUUGGAAAAAUUACUAUCACUCAUUCAAAUUUUUAUUUAACUAGGCAUUAUUCAAUGGUUAAAUAAAUAUUUUAAAAACAUAUUUUGUUAAAAUCUUUUUUUUGAAAUAUAAAUAAUGGAGAGUAAAAAUUAUCAACUUUUAUCUGACAUCCGGAACUGAUUAUUUUGGAGCUACAACAGUGAUAUAGCAAUGCACAAGUAUUUAUAGACACUGAUAUGUUAGAUCAUUCAAAACAAAAAGAAAUCUUUUUUGAUAUAUAUAUACAUAUUCUUGCUGUACUUGUCAAGCAUUCUAUUGUGAUAUAUAUUGUAUAUAAAGCUUUAAAAGUCAUUUAUGUGUUUCUUUUUCUGUGUUCAUGUUCUACUUGAUGUUUUUUUAAAAAAAAAACUAAAUUCUAGUUCAUGUUAUACUCCGUAAUUUUAACCUUUAAACAACUUCAUGUACCUUGUAAUCUUGCAAUUCUAAAAUCCAAAAAGCCGAUUUUUUUUUUUUUUUUUGCCAUCAUGCGCCACUCUUGAUGCGAAAGAAACUAGCUAAUUUUAUUUUUAACUGAAAAGCCUGAGACAGAAAGUCUAUUCCUCCAAAUUGCAUAGACAGAAAGGAGAAAGAUUAAUUUCUUUUCUUUUUUUUUCUUUCUUUAUGCAAUGUUAACAUUGGACUAUGAUUGGUUGAAAUCCCAGAGGACCCACUAAAGGAAAUGUGGAUCCUUUAAAUUUUAAGUGAAAACUGUAUAAUUGCAACUUAUUUUUUAUUUAAAUAUUUUUUUCCCUUCAUAUAUUUAUUUCCUGUUUUUCCUCAUUGAACCAGAGAAUAAAUAAAAUCUGAUCAAUUACGCGAGUAGCCACCCUCAUUGAUAAUGACGUUCUUAAGUGUAUUUUAUCUUACUGUUGAAAGUAUAACUAAAAUAUAAAAUGUGUAUAGUUUGGUUUUGAAAUGAAUAGGAAUUCAAUGUUAAAAAUAGUUUUUCUUCAAAUAAUGUAUUUAUUAAUCAGUGUACGAAUGAAGACUCUAUGAUCUAAGCUUUAUAAUGUUUUUUAAGAUCUUUUUUUAUUGUAGGAUUGUGACAUACAAAUGCUUAUGAAUGUUUGAAAAAAGUUUUAAUUUGGAUUAUUCUAAAUAACAGCAAUUAAUAAAUUUAUAAAAAUAGAUUGUAGUGGUUAAAAAAUAUUUAAUUGCUUUUAAAAUAAAUAAAAAAUCAAGUAAAUGAUAUAUAUUAUAAUGAAAAUAAAGUAGAACUGGUCAAACUCUUAAAAUCUGCUACGGGUAGUGAAACCUCCAUGGCAUUUAUUUGUUUUAGUUGAAAGCUGUUGUUUCUCUAAUGAUAGAGUAUGAUAAGUACACAUGCAUACAUAUAUAAUAUAUAUAUAUAUGAGUGUGUGAAUGCAGAGGUACAAAGAGAUACAGUACUCAUAUAUAUUAUUAUUAUUAAAAUUGACUUUUGAGUUUGGCAGAAUGGCUUAUAGUGCUGGCUGAUGUUAGAACUUUAAUAUUGUGCUACAUUGUCAUAAUAUCUAUAUUUUUCCAACUUAAUUAAUUCAGAUUAUUUUUCUGUUGCACUAUAUUUUUCGUAUCCAAAUCAAUUUAAAUAUAAAUUUUUUCCGAAAUUUUCUUUAAAAAUUUUAACUAUCAUAAUUAAAAAAUACUAGCGCACUAGGUAACGAUAUUAAUAAUGAUACUAUUAGCAAUAUCUUAUUGAUCCUAAUUUUACAGUAUUCCAUAUUUAUUGUCAAGGCUAACAUUUUGAAAAUUUAAAACCUGACAACAUGUUUUAAAAUAACUAUAUUUUAUGAAUGAUAGGUUGUGUAACAAGAGUAUUUUCAUCCUUUCAGAUGUGAUAUUGUUUUUAAGAUUUGUUUGUAACUCACAUUUUGACUCUGCUUUUCAGUUUAUUAUCUUACGUUUAUUUGCUGUUGAACAAAUCUUAUGUUGAAAAAUAGCCGAUUAUGAAAGAUGUGAAGUAGUCUUGCAUUUUAAUUUUGUGAUAAUACUCUUAAUUUGUAAAAUUACACAUACAUAGAGGUUUUAACAAAAAUUUGAAUGAAUUGUAUGCAGGUUAGCAACUUAUUUUCUAAAGAAAUGUCAUGUUAUUUUAUGCCAUAACAAAACAGAAUUUUUUUUUCCAUCUCAGAAACUGAAAAUUCAAAUUAAAAUAACUGAUUUUUUUUGUAACAAAUAAUUGUUUAAAUUUUUCAUUUAUGGAAAUAUUUUUAAUUUUAAAAUUUCGAUGUUAAACAAAUCAAAAUGCAGUGUAUCUAGCAUAUUUGAAAAAUUGAUUUUUUUUUUAAAUUUUGAAUUUUUGCUAUUGAAUUAAUUGACACAUUAUGUAAAUUGUACAAUUUUGAGAAUUAAAUAGUUUUCCACUUUAGAACUUAGGAUAUUGAAUAAAAUAAAACAUAAUAAUGCACUUUACACAAUAAUAACGUGUACAUUGUGCCAAAUUUGAAAGCUAAUUUUACUAUAUUUCUGAUAAAUGAUAAGUGCAAAAUUGUUUCAACCUUUAGCAUUCGAUGGAAACAUCAGUGUUUGCAUUCCUUCCUCAUUUAAGAGUUCUGUAUUUAAGUGUAUUAAACCAUUAUACAUAUUUUAUUCAUCUUAAUUUUUAAAUGUUAGAUUUCAUACAAUUUUGUUCAAAUAUAGAAAUAGCUCAAAUGAGUAAUUUCAAGAUGCUUUUUUACAUAGUGAAUGAGUGGUUUUGCUAUGAAAGUAAUGUGUCUAGGAUCAGUGACACUUAUUACUGCAGAUCAUACUUUUUAAUCACACUGAAUAGUUAAAUUGUUUCAAAAGGUAUCUUUGAAUCAUAAUUUUAUAUUGUAUUUUAUUUUUUAAAUAGUUUUGAUGGUGGUGUAACUUUGCAUUUGUCCUCACACUCUACCAUUUUUCAUUAUAAAUUUAAUUUCUUAACUUAAUUUAGUGGAUUUUUUUAAUGUGAAAUUCCUUUAAUGCAUGUUUAGCACUAACUAUGCAUGUACCAAUCAAAUUAUAUUUCUGAUAGUGCAUUUGAAAUGUUCUACUUUUUUGUUUAUAUUCAUAAAUUAAUGUAACAAGUUUUUUUUGUUAAAGAAUUUUUCUUUGCAUUUAGAAACAAAAGAAAAAUUCUUUAAUAGGGUCUUACGAUUACUUGUAAAAUUUUUUUUCUUCUGAUAUUUGAAUAACCUCUAAUUUUUAGUACAAUAUACUCUCGAUAUCUCGAAAACCCUGUUAUGUGAAGGGAAAGAAAAACAUUUCCCUUGACAUUAUAUGUUUACCUAAUUUUAAUAUGAAUUCCUAUGUCAGAGUUUCUUCUCAAAGCUUAUUGUAAAUCAAUUCUUUUCUAUUUAAUGCAUAAUUCUUACUUAUAAAAAUAAAAUUAUCAUUGUUGUAUUUAGACUUAUAGUCAAUUGUCAUUAAAUCCAUAUUUAUCAGUAGUUCUUUUCACAUGUCAUGAUUCUAAUUUUUAGAGUAAUAUUUUAGAAUAUAUUUUUCUACUUUUUAUGAAGUUACUUAGUUCUGAACUUCUUAUCUCAUAAAACUCAGUGUCUCAAAAUUUUUUUUAGCAUCCCUUCAAUUUUGAGAUAUUGAGAGAAUACUGUAUUUAUUUUUUGCAUUCAGAUUAACGAUAUCUUCAAUUUCUUAUAAUUUUUCAUACUCUGAGUGUUGAUCUUCAUGAAAUUUGUAUUGGAAAUGACUACCCUUAAUGUAUAUUUUUAGAUACAAAGUGAAGUAAAAAACAAAAAAACAGUAAGAGUUCCAAAUUAAUAUUUACACGACGAAGCAAAAAUGCUGUUGAAAAUUAAAAUACUAGAGAGGAAGGCAGGAGCAAAAGCCAAUUUCAUUACUUGAUGAAACUUAAAGAUGUUUCCAAUAAUAGUCUUUCAACUCCCCCCUAUUUCCUUCCACAAUAAAAUAAGUUUUUUGAUGUUUUCAGUGCUGCCUUCCUUAGCUGUGAUUUGUUAGUUUUCGAUAGUGUUUUUGUUACUUUCUUGAUAAAAUGUAUGACAUUGACCAAAUCUGAAACGAUUUUUUUAAACUUUACUAUUAGACUUUUUAUAUGAGCUAAAUUUUUUAACAAACUCCUAAUUUAUUGCAUAUUUAAAUUUGUUUGCAUUUUUAAGUGGACUUUAAAUUUCAAAGUUUUUGCUUAUCGGGGUCUGUGAAAGUGCACACUUGUCAUAAAAUUUUUGACAGCAUCCUAGAUUUUAAAGAGUAAUCCAUUUUUUCUGUGUGUUUAUUAUUUUUUUUUCUAUCUUGCUGUACUCUUUAAAUAUACUUAUAGAUUUUAAAAAGAAGAAACUGCAUUUAAAUAGUUUAAAAAAACGUGUUCUGUGGUUUUGUGUAACAAAACUGAAUUGUAAAAAUAGAAAUACUGUUGAAUGUAGAAAAGCAGUAGUUGUGAUGUUGAACAUCUGUAUUAAUUUGUACAUUAUUUUAUUGCAAUAAACUUGUUCGGUGUGGUUUUCUA